GCCUUGGCGCGCGCGCACCAUUGUGUGGCUGGACUCGGCCGCCGCUUGGUGAGGCUUGUGUUCUUCUGUCCCCGCACCCUCGCUCCGAUUUUUUCUUUUUCUUUUUUGCUUUGUGGUCUGCCACUAGGCAGCUAGCCCUCGGGGCUACCUUCCGCCACGGCUAUGCCACGCGUCUACAUAGGGCGCCUAAGCUACAACGUCCGAGAGAAGGACAUCCAGCGAUUUUUCAGUGGCUAUGGCCGCCUCCUGGAAAUAGACCUUAAAAACGGGUACGGCUUCGUGGAGUUCGAGGACUCCCGCGACGCCGACGACGCCGUUUACGAGCUGAACGGCAAGGAACUCUGCGGCGAGCGCGUGAUCGUGGAGCACGCCCGUGGGCCGCGCCGCGACCGCGACGGCUACAGCUACGGAAGCCGCAGUGGUGGAGGUGGAUACAGCAGUCGGAGAACAUCUGGCAGAGACAAAUAUGGACCACCUGUUCGUACAGAAUUCAGACUUAUUGUAGAAAAUCUUUCUAGUCGUUGCAGUUGGCAAGAUUUAAAGGAUUUCAUGAGACAAGCAGGUGAAGUAACCUAUGCAGACGCUCACAAAGAACGCACUAAUGAGGGUGUGAUUGAGUUCCGCUCCUACUCUGACAUGAAGCGUGCUUUGGACAAGCUGGAUGGAACGGAAAUAAAUGGAAGAAAUAUUAGGCUCAUUGAAGAUAAGCCAAGGACAGGCCAUAGGCGGUCUUAUUCUGGAAGUAGAUCAAGGUCAAGGUCUAGAAGAAGGUCACGAAGUAGGAGUCGAAGGAGCAGCCGCAGUAGAUCUAGAAGUGUCUCUAAAAGUCGGUCCAGAUCCAGGUCUCGGAGCAAAGGUCGGUCUCGUUCUCGAUCAAAAGGCAGGAAGUCCAGAUCAAAGAGCAAAUCAAAGCCCAAAUCUGAGCGGGUGUCCCGCUCACAUUCUCGAAGCAGAUCUAAGGAUCAAUAUGAGAAAUCUCGAAGCAGGUCUCAUUCUCGGUCUCGUUCCCCCAAAGAAAAUGGAAAAGGUGAUAUAAAGUCCAAGUCUAGGUCAAGGAGCCAGUCUCGAUCCAACUCACCCCUAGCCGCUCCACCCUCAAAGGCUCGUUCUGUGUCCCCUCCACCAAAAAGAGCUUCAAGGUCUCGUUCUAGAUCUCCUCGGUCAAAGUCAAGGUCACGGUCCAGAUCAAGUUCCAGAGAUUAAUUCAGAACUCUUGUUCUUUGCACACGAUUACGGACACUUUCCUCCUUGCUUAGGCAGAUAAUUCUUCCAUGUUUAUACUUGGCCCUAUUAGGAGGAAACUCCUAAGAAUUGAGGCACAUAGAAAUUUUGAUUUGUGGCCAAAUUUGGUGGCAAGAUGAGGUUCAAAAGAAAUGGUGGCAGUCAAAAGAUCCUCUCCCUUCUUUGUAGAAUUAAGAUAACUUUGAUUUUAUAGCUUUUGAGCUAAGAUAACUUUUGUAAAGAUUAAACUCAGUUCAAUUUUUUUUAAGUAUUUCAGCAGGAUCUGCUGCAGGGGUUUUAUUUGUUUGCUUACUUUAAAUUAACUGUUUCAAGCUUUGAAUACUUAAGGCUUUAAAGGGAGAACCCAAUUUUCAAUUAUGUUGGCUUUUUAUAAAGCUGAGUUAUGUAAGAAUUCAAUAAAAGUUUGCUACCAAGA